CCUCGCGUUUCCCCACUUCCGUCCGAAAACCAGAUCAAUCCACGUCCCGAUAGCGUUUGGCAGCCUCCACAUCAGCGAGCGAGAGAGAGAGAUGUCUUUUCCUGAACACGGGGCCGAACUCGGCUGGGUUGCAGAGGUUCUGAGCUGGGAAGAUAUCACCUGGGAUGAUUUACAAGGCGGGUUUGUCUUCUUGCAGAUCAUCAGCGUCUUAUCACCGCAAGCCGUAGAUCUCUCCUGGUACUCAUCCGCCGCAGCCCUGGAAUGCUCCAACACAUCAGUACAAAUCAAGGCCGAUUUGAUUACUGGCCUGAGGUGUCUUGGUCUCUCCGAUGAGCAGAUCCCCGAAGCUACAGUUGAUUGUGUUAUAGAUGGAGACAUUAAAGCGUCCUGCGAGGUUGUCGGCGCACUCAGACGGAUGCGCGCAGAUUUGGAGGCGACGCGGAAGAGCAGCUUGGCGCCUACGCCUGACCUAUCUGCUGGUGCUCGGUCAGAGUCGGGACUGAAGGAGCGCGUUGAUCAUGGCUUGGGCGAGUUUAUGGGAGAUGGAGAUGGCGUGAGUGGUGAUGAGUGGUAUGAGGCUGCUGAACUCUCAUUCAAGCCAGCGCUUCGAUGGCUAUGUCUACAUGUCAAUGCUCACAUAUUGGAAACAACUGCCCCGUCUGCAAUUAUCGAGGGCUUUUUAGUCGAGCUAGAUGACCCACGCCCUCCGUGGCGGCGACCUCUACCAGCGCGCCGCAAGUAUCAUCUUCGACGACUCGACAUCAAACUACCUGGACCUGUUGACUCGCCACGGGUACCUCAAGUUCAAGGCCAGCUUGAGAAAUUCGAUCAGUGACAUGAUUGCUGAUGAUACGCCGUUUUAUGAGUCUAUACAUUGCAACUUGAUUGAGGCGCUGCUGGCUGCGAGCUGCAAGGACCUUGG